AUGAGACGCCAGUUUCCCUUAAAUUUUAUAUUCCUAGCAUUAUUUACGUGUGCUCAGAGCUUUAUUCUGGGAGUUGUAUGCAGUCUGUAUGAGGUCAAUCAGGUGUUGAUGGCAGUCGGUAUCACAGCUGCUGUGUGCCUUGGCCUGACUUUGUUCGCGUUCCAGACAAAAUGGGACUUUACCAUGAUGGGUGGAGCUCUGGUGGCUUUGAGCAUGGUCCUUCUAGUUUUCGGUAUACUAGCGAUAAUAUUUAGAAACAACAUUCUUCAUACGGUGUAUGCGGCGGCCGGUGCUCUCAUCUUCUCAUUGUAUUUGGUGUACGACACUCAACUCAUGAUGGGAGGGAAACACAAGUACAGCAUCUCACCAGAAGAAUACAUCUUCGCUGCUCUUAAUUUAUACUAUUCUAAUAAGAAUAAGUCAGUCGGUGCUGAUGGUGGGGCAGGUCAGGGUGUGAAGGCUAUCUCAGACUCGAAAGAAAUGGACAAGGCGCAACCACUGAGUGACCACGCUAAGGCUUUCGAUGCGGUAUUUUUCAUAUCCGCAAAGAAGGACGAACAAGAUAAGGGAAUAUAUGUAAUAGCUGGUUGUGAGAGACGGCCUUUGGGAAUGUGCAAUGGACUUUUCUAUAUUGGGUUGCCAGGAAAAGGACUUCUGUGCAGUAAAAAGAUUCCAGACACUGUCCUUUUUGGUGCUCAAAUCGGUGAAUUUGGAGCUGAAGGGGUCCUUAUUACCCCCGAAGAACCGAUGAAGAAAUGGAGCGUCUCUUACAAAGGACCUAUGUGGUAUCAAAAUGAGCCCAGCAAAAUCGUAGAAGUAGAAUUUAAUGGUGAAUGGACAGCAACAAGCAACUACUUUGAUUACGAUACCGAUUUACACCCUCCAGCUGUAAUCCGAUCAAUUGCUAGAGAAAAGUGGAGCAGAAAAUACUUUAAAAACCUUAAAACCGCUCACCAAUCUCACUAUGAACAAUUCGGCGUGAUGAAGUGUAACUUCACUAUUGACAAGGAAUCCUUUGAAAUCACCUUACCCUCCUUCAGAGAUCACAGCUUUGGUCAAAAACGAGACUGGACGCUUAUGCACAGAUAUGCCUUUCAUCAUAUUUUCUUACAUGAUGGCACCUCCAUCAGCGUUGGAAUCAUCUGUCAGCCUUCUACAGCCACACGCAUGGAGGUUGGCUACGUUGCUCUUCCGAGCCGUGAGACUCUGCCUGUCGAGUGGGUAGAGAUGCAGUUGUACCAACACGGAGAAGGCGGUGAGGCGCCUAGAGACUAUGCCUUCAGGAUGAAGGCUGGAGAUGUUAUUUAUAUUGUUCAGGUGUUGGUGGAAUACGAGUCUAUACACUUUGUGUCUCAAGAUUGGGAUGCCCGAAUGGUGGAGCGUUUCUGCAAGUUUGUGGUGAACGGCGUCCCGGGGAGAGGGGUGUCUGAGUUCCAUUACAGACACCAGGGAGGUCGGCCUGAUGAUGUCUCACAGAAUGACCCCGAGUGGUACAGGAAGAUGUGCCAUAAGAUAUAG